CAUUUUCAACAUGAAACUCUGCCGCCAUUGACGUCACGCAGCCAUCUUUGUGCAGCUAAUCCAGGCGCCUGUUUAUUACACCUUCAUUACCCGCACGGAUUCUGACAGCGCCGGGCGCCGAUAUAUCAGCAUCCAGCUGGACAAGAAGUAGACGUAGAAAGACGAUAUAUAUAUUUAUUUAUUUAUUUUUCCCGAAUAAAAGAGAGGAGGUUUUGUCGCGAAGGGACGCGUCUCUGUGGGAGUUAUAGAAGCCAGUGCUCCUCCUCGGCUAUAUAGGCAGGGAAACGCCACAAUAACCAAGCAAAGGGUGCCAGAGGCUAGAGAGGAGCGCAGGAGGCAAGCCACAUCCAUCUGACACUCACUUUGGUCCGUGCUAACGUUUCCAGUUCCGUUUUCAACACAGCCGUCGAACCAGCGCUACCAGGAAAAUGUCUGCCCCAGCUGGAGCCCCUGCACCAGAGGGAGGGAAUCAGCCCCCCAACCUCACCAGCAACCGCCGUCUGCAGCAGACACAGGCACAAGUGGAUGAGGUGGUGGAUAUCAUGCGUGUAAACGUGGACAAGGUUCUGGAGCGUGAUCAGAAGCUGUCAGAACUGGACGACAGGGCUGAUGCCCUGCAGGCUGGAGCAUCUCAGUUUGAGACUAGCGCUGCAAAACUGAAGAAUAAAUACUGGUGGAAGAAUGCCAAGAUGAUGAUUAUCCUGGGGGUGAUAUGCGUGAUUGUCCUCAUCGUCAUUAUUGUGUACUUCAGCACCUAAGAAGAGUCUGUCCUACCCCAGUCUGAUCCCAACAUCCUUGCCACAAAAAAAAAACAACCCUCAAAUUGAUGACAAAAUUAACCACAGAUAAUUAAUUUACUAUAUGUAUGUAUCUCCCUGAUUAGCCUCGAUAUAACACCCCUCAACCCUUCAGGGCCCCGUGGCUCCCCCCACUUCCACCACCUCCCCCUCUGGACCCCUGUCAAUAUUUGUCCUGUGAGUGUGUGGCCCUGUCUCCUUUCUGGGUACUCUUGGCUUUUCUAACCUGCCAUAACGAGAACCAAACACUUGUGACGAUGCAACAACAGAAAAGGAAACGAUUGGCGAUAAUUGUUACAUAACUAAUAUAAAUAUAUAGUUCUUUGUAGAGUUUUAUUCUGAUAUAUACUGUUUUGUAGGUGUGUGUGUGUGUGUAUGUGUGUGUGCAUUUUGUAUUUUUUAAUUUUUUGUAUUAAUUUCACGUAUGCUUCAGCGUUAACUACUGCCUAUUAAUCAACGUGUGCAUCUUGCAUGUUCUCACCAUCUGUCGGGCCUCGGCUGAUUCUCUCUCUUCUUUGGUGUGUGUUCUUUUGCACAGUGGAUUUGGUCUCCGUUUAAUUAAUGCUAAAACUAGCACCUUUUUCAGAUGCACCUGUGUUACUUGUGUCCACUAAGACGGUUUAAAAAAAAAAGCCAGAUGUCUAAAACUUGAAAUGAGGAAAAGGUCAUGAAGCUGCAGAAACUGGAGCGAAUCCACAACAAACGAAGCUGCCCACCUUACUGCAACUCAAGCUUCAGAUUUCUAUAAUUUUAUGCCUCCAAAUUUCAAGUCUUAGCGUCUUUUAUGGCUUCCUCAGAGAGUCAGUGCUCAUUGUUAUUGAUCCACCAUACAAAUAAUGCAUGAACUGUUACACUAAUCCCAACUAAUCAUCAUUUCCAGUCCUUUCCAUGCAACACUUCCAUUAUCGGGGGUUACUUCUCAUUCCACAUUUCUUUUUGACGAAAUCUCUACUAACCAUCAUCUCAAAGCUCUUUAACGCCACAGCUCUUCUGUCUUUUCUCCGCAUGCUCCAACACCUUGAUUUCUCGGAAUAAUUUCCAAACUGCCGUAGUUCUGAUGGACCAAUGUCUGUAGAUGUUUUCUUUUUCCUUUUUUUAUUUAAAUAUUAACGUAGUGUCUUAUUUCGAAAACAUUCCUUCAUUGCAGUCUAGUGCAAACGCUCUUACUGUAGCACAUGUAAGUGUAAGUAUCUUUGAAGAGAAAAAAAAAAUACAUGCGACGAAACUUGUGUCGAAAAUGUUGGUCAUAACAAACCAUAGGAGAAAAAAAAAGAUGGCAAAUAGCUGUAAAGGUUAGUCUUGGAUAGACAGGAUUACACCUGAAGUCUGUCCAAAUUAAUAUUAUUAAUUUUAUUUUCUAAUAUCAGUGAUGUUAUAUCUAACAUUACAACUUGCAGUAUACUGUGGAGAUGUCAUUAAAGUUAAUAGGUGGACACGUGCUUACAAAACAAUUCUAACGCCGGGGGACAGAGAUAUUUAGUCUCCAGUCACUUCUGUUCAGAACUGUAGAGAGUUUCCAGUCAAACACACUCUCACCUCUUUUAGUUAGUAUCCGGGGGGAAGUGAGCGACUGCAGAAAAGGAAUCAGGAUUUUAAAAAUUGCACAAAUGACCUUGUUUUUGAUGGCGCUGUCUGGCUGGUCAGUGGCCUGGCCAAAGAAGAUCCUCCUGCAGAAAAACCUCUCCACACAAAGAGCACAUUCAAGAAUAAUAAUAA